AUCUAUUCCGUAUUAUUGCUGCGCGCACAACUGACUCGAUCCAAAGAAAGCAGAAGCAGCCGUCGAGUCUAGCAGAAGUUGACGACAGCGGCGAGAAUAAAGCAGACAGUGAAGUUAACAACAAAAAUAAAGCAAGCCAGCUAUCGUCGCCACUGGCAACCAAGCUUUCAGAUCCUCCAAAUCGAGAUCCUAUCGGCGAAUAAGCAACGGAGACUGAAAGCUCAAAAGUGACCAAGAAUAUGUCCGCAGAGAAGAGUUGGUGCUUGGUCACUGGCGGCAGGGGCUUUGCGGCCCGGCAUUUGGUGGAAAUGCUCAUUCGAAAUGAUAUGUUUUUAGUUCGGAUUGGUGAUUUGGAGCCUGCCAUUAAAUUAAGUGCAGAGGAGGAGAACGGAACCCUUGGAGAAGCCUUAGAAUCUGGUCGCGCUGAAUAUGUUUCCAUGGAUCUCCGGGACAAGGCCCAAGUUCUAAAAGCUGUUGAAGGAGCUGAAGUUGUGUUCCACAUGGCGGCUCCUAAUUCUUCCGUUAAUAACUAUCAGCUCCACUAUUCAGUCAACGUGCAAGGGACAAAGAAUGUUAUUGAUGCUUGUGUGGAGCUCAAAGUGAAGAGGCUUAUCUAUACCAGCUCUGCUAGCGUGGUUUUUGAUGGGAUCCAUGGAAUUCUUAAUGGAGAUGAAUCCUUGCCAUACCCAGCUAAGCCCCUUGAUUCAUAUUCAGCAACUAAAACUGAAGGUGAGGCCGCAGUAAUCAAGGCAAAUGGCACUAAUGGGCUCCUUACAUGUAGCUUACGCCCAAGCAGCAUAUUUGGCCCUGGAGAUAGGUUGUUUGUUCCAUCUUUGGUCACUGCAGCAAGGGCUGGGAAAUCCAAGUUCAUAAUUGGUGACGGCAAUAACAUUUAUGAUUUCACAUAUGUCGAAAAUGUGGCACAUGCCCACAUAUGUGCUGAACGAGCUCUAUCAUCAGGAGAGGAUGUUGCAAAGAAUGGUGCUGGGCAGGCAUAUUUUAUAACCAACAUGGAGCCAAUAAAGUUUUGGGAGUUUACCUCACUCGUGUUGGGAGGUCUUGGCUAUGAGAGGCCAAGGAUAAAGGUCCCUGCUUUUGCUGUGAUGCCACUUGCACAUGUGGUGGAGUGGACAUACAAGCUAUUGGGCCCAUAUGGAAUGAAGGUUCCGCAGUUGAUACCUUCAAGAAUUAGACUCCUCUCUUGCAGUAGAUCUUUUAAUUGUUCAAAAGCAAAGGAUCGACUUGGCUACACACCAAUAGUUUCCCUUGAGGAGGGUCUGAAAAGGACACUAGAAUCAUUUUCAGACUUGAGGGCUGAAAAUCAACCUAAAAGAGAAGGACCAUCUAAAGCUCACCGAUAUCUUGGAGGUGGAAGGGUUGCUGACACCCUACUUUGGAAGGAUAAAAAGCAGACAUUGAUGGUAUUGUUAAUUCUGAUUGCAAUCUACUACAACUUCAUUACAUCUCAGUCUACCAUCAUUACUGCACUUUCAAAGCUUCUGUUGGCGACAUUAGGUUUCCUGUUCAUCCAUGCAAAUUUACCUGAGAGAAUAUUUGGAUAUACUAUUGAAAAAAUUCCUGUGUCAUAUUUUCAUCUAUCAGAAGAGAAGUCUCACCAAGUUGCUCUUUCAGUGGCUUCAUCAUGGAAUUCUGCUAUUAAUGUUUUAAAAUCUCUAUGCAAGGGGAAUGAUUGGAUGCUGUUCCUUAAGGUUGUUGUGUCGCUAUUGACUCUUAGCAUCCUUGGAGCCAUCUCUUUCCAGAGUUUGUUUGUUAUAGGACUUCCUGUUGCUUUCCUGGCGUUCUGUUUGUAUGAGAAAAACGAAGAAGCAAUUGAUGGAAUGUUCUUGGAAGCUCUCUCUUUUGGGUGCAAAUUGAAAUCUGAUAUAUCUAAAAAAGUUGUUGGUGUCAAAAAGAAUGAAUGAUGAUUAGCUCUCCCCAAAUCCUUUUCCUAACAAAGCAUCUCUAAUAUCUUUUCCAGUACUUGUGAUUAUGAGGGCCCUUCACAAAAUAGUUUCAUUAUUUGACAUGUGGGCGUGUUACUUUUAGCAAUCCUACUUGUAUCAAUAUGUCCAAAUCCCUUGUAUAAAUUCUCCACUUUGGUAACUGAGAGAUGAGGGAUGAUAUAUAUACACACUUUCUUGGAGAAAUAAUUGCAUUUUUUCUUACUCAUUUUCUUGAA